UUUGAGUCUUUAAUGGAGAAAGAAAGUCUGCGGCCGGGAGUGGAAGGUUUUAACGACAGCACUAGUAUCAGUCGUGAGAAUUGCGACUCAGUCCUUUACAAGAAAUCGAUGCCACACUGGAGUGAAUAAGAGCGCAUUGUGACACCAUGGAUGACAUCAACCUACACUACAGGUUUCUGAACUGGCGCCGGAGAAUCCGGGAGAUCCGAGAGGUGAGGGCCGUGCGCUACCAAGAGCGCUACAAACGGAUCCUGGUGGACGGGGACACGCUCAGUUACCAAGGGAACUCAGACGAAGUCGGCUGCUACGUGGCUCCUCGGCCCUUGUCCAAGGGAAACUGCUACUUUGAGGUGACGAUCAUGGACACCGGCGUGAGAGGCACCAUUGCCGUGGGCCUGGUCCCGCAGUACUACAAACUGGACCACCAGCCAGGCUGGCUCCCCCAUUCCAUCGCCUACCACGCCGACGACGGCAAGCUGUACAACGGCAACACAGUAGGGCAGCAGUUCGGGCCGAAGUGUAACCGUGGAGACCGUAUUGGGUGUGGCAUUUACUUGGACUCCUUCGAGGCAGGCCUGACCACCGUCUUCUUCACCAAGAACGGCAAAGAGGUUGGAUCGGUGGUGGUCCCGGUGUCCCCGGAUGGACUGUUCCCUGCAAUCGGGAUGCACUCCCUGGGGGAGGAGGUGCGCCUGGACCUGCAGGCGGAGUGGGGGUCGGAGGAGGACGACAGCGUGAUGAUGGUGGACAGCCAUGAGGACGAGUGGGGCCGCCUGCAUGAUGUGCGGGUCAGCGGCACGGUCCUGGAGUACGUGGGCAAGGGGAAGAGUAUAAUGGAUGUGGGACUGGCCCAGGCUCGCUAUCCUCUCAGCACCCGCAGCCAUUAUUUUGAGGUGGAGAUUGCGGAUGCAGGGGAGAAGUGCUACAUCGCCCUGGGGCUGGCUCGGCGGGACUAUCCCAAAAACCGCCACCCUGGGUGGAGCCGUGGAUCAGUGGCCUACCACGCAGAUGAUGGGAAGAUUUUCCAUGGCAGCGGAGUGGGCGACCCCUUUGGCCCGCGCUGCUUCGAAGGGGACGUCAUGGGCUGUGGAAUCAUGUUCCCCAGGGAUUAUAUUCUGGACAGCGAAGACGAAAGCGAUGAUGGCGUGGACACGGUGGAAUCGAGGGCAAAGCAGAGGCGUGUCCAGAACAUGCUGUAUCUCAACGCCGAGGAUGAGGAGGAGGAAGGAGAGGAUAUGGAGCAGGAGCACGAGGGGAGGAAAGUAAUGGUGUUCUUCACGCGGAACGGGAAGAUCAUCGGGAAGAGGGAAGCGGUCGUGCCGGCGGGGGGGUUCUACCCCACCAUCGGGAUGCUGAGCAGUGGCGAGAAGGUCAAGGUGGACCUGCACCCCCUGAGCGGCUGAGAGGGCCAAGGUGGGGGUUGGGGGUGGAGAGGACCCCAGAAAGACUGACUUCUGAAGAGAAAGCACCCCAGUCCCCAGGAAGCCCACCCCCCCCGAGACAGGACAGGAGAGGAUCCCUCAGACAGGGAGCAUAGAGUCAGUCCUGGGCGACGCUGCCAGCCCCCUCAUGGUGCCCCGACAUGGCACAGUGCUCGUACCCCCCCACACUCUCACUUCUUCACCGUUCUCAGCUUCCUGCCCCAGAGCGAAGUCUGGCUCUCUGACGUCCUAAAAUGAGCUUUCCCAGAUGUGCGGGACAGUGAAACCAAUUCCGCUGCUAGAGCGAAGACCGGAGAGGAUUCCUUCCUCUGGAGCAGGAGGAAGCCUUGCAUGCUGCUGUGCGCGAGCGGGAUCGGCGGUCCCCAGCGGGGGGCACUGUUGCUCCACAUGGGCCGGCUCUGGAGACUGUGGCUGUAUGGGAAUCCGGUGGUGGGCGGGGCCUGAAAGAUAGGGCAGGAUCAGAUUUUCAACCCCGGGGCCGUGCAUGGAGGCUGGAGCCCAGCCUGGCUGCCACACAGCUGCACCACAUUUACACUGACAGGAGGCUGAGCUGGUAUUUAUCGAUCUGAUCAUUAUUUAAGUUAAUUUAAGGGCAUGAUGCAUGCUGGGAGCUCUGGCCACGACGGGGCAGCAGAGCAGAGUGGCUUCUGUUUCGCCCCGGCGCUCUGAAGACGAGGCCUAGCCUGCAGAACGACGCAUGCGUCCCAGGACUCCUCGGAUCUGGGAAUCUCGCGAACCUUGCAUUUCUCCGGCGCGUUGGCUCGGGGGCGGCCUGGUUGCCCGUGUUUCUCCUUACUGCUCAGCUGGGCUGCGUUGUUGACUGUGACUCAGGGACGUGUGUGAACAGUGCCUUCCUGUGCUGUAGGGUAGAUCAGUUGUAAAGCAACCGUGUUUUGAAAAAAUUCCCGACUCCCCUUCCUACACGCCAGCCGUCCGCUGGUCCGCACAGCUCUGUAUCGCCUGCUUCUGUCAGCUGAGAUACCGACACUCAGACACAUUUCGACUUCACGUGUUUCAGAAGAAAAGCUCCCCUGAUGGAAAUCUUGAACAUGGGAGCUGAGGACGGGUGGCAGCAGAAUAUCUUGGUGUUGCUGAGACACCUUCGCCAUCUCUCCUGGAAAACUGGGGAGCUCGUUGUUCACGAGCACAAAAAACACAAUUACAGCUGCGCCACUUGAGUCCCUUCCUCGGUUUCAACUACCAGCUCUCAAAUUUAAAAACGUUAGAAAAGCUUUGAAACCGCAGCCGUGAAGCUCCAGGAGCAGAUUGAAAUCUGUUACACUGGUGCUGCGUUACUAAACUUGAAAAGAGCCCGGUUAUUUUAAAAACCCUUUUUAAAAGGAACCUUUGGACUAGGUCCCGCAGGCCCACACACACUCACAGAUGCUGUCACCCCCUGUAAUUUGCUGCCUUUCCUGAAGGGGGCUGGAGCCCACUAGUGAAGAUGGUGCAGACGUAGAUUUUGAUUAGAUUUUCCCAAGGCACUAUGGGUAAAAAGCCCCCUCUGCAUGGCUCGGCAUGGAUCUUCCUCUGAACUCUGGAUAAUAUACAACUCUGUAUGGAAGCUGAUGGGUGGCCUGUCAACAAGCUGGUGUGGCUCAGUUAAGAACGUGAUUCUACUUUUCUUUCUCAGUGGCUUUUCUAGAACUUUUCAGACCAGCGGUUUUUCUAGAACUACAGUUGAAUGUCCUCCUUGUACCGUAAAGACAAGGCGCUGAUCUUGCAGUGCUACUAUGUUGGGAGCAGAGCCCAGAUGGAGAUUUCCAGAACAACACUAAAGCAAGCACCUGUGCCAAAUGCUGAUGGGAUUGCUCAUUUUAAUGUCCUAACAAGCUUGUAACACCUGCGCCUUGUGAAACAGGUCAAGAGUUAUAGUGGCUAGACUUGUCAGCUGAAACAGACCCACUUACAGCUAUCUUCAGUCUGUCUUGCAGUUUGAAAUUUCAUUGGGCCUUCCUCGCAUUUUCAGUUUUCCACGAGGUCUCUGCAGGAAGUAUGAAGUUAAAUCGUUCUGGAAUUGUCCCGUGUUGUUUUUAGAAGCUAUUUAAGAGACGGCUUGAGAUUCCAGCACUUUCUAUACAGUGAAGAGGGUCUUACAUUAAUUAGGACGCAAAGGGCCAUGGUCACUCAGGAAUUCGUACUCGUUAGAAAUAUUGGGAACCUCCAUCCAAGUCAAUAGAUUGUCAAUGACCGGCACUGUGUAGUGGGUAGCUGGGUCUUUAAUCAGAUCAGAAAAGAUCAUUUUCUGUGUGCAUAACACCCAAGCCUCCAUCCUGCUGUGAAAGUGCAUGAGGAAUCCUAAUGGGCUGGUUGGUGAGUGUAGAGUCACACUCAAGCCCUAGUGUGCAAUCAAGAGAGGACUAAGAAAUGGGGAAGGCCUGCAGUGGGCCUGUACAUUUCGUCUUCUCUUAGUAGCCGGCGCCAUCUAGUGGCUUGAAGGUGAACUGCAGCAGAGUGAUUCGGCUUGCUGUGUGGUACCACCCGGAGGUCAGUGUUUGUUGCAUUUAAUAUCGCCCUGAAGAGAGCAUCUUCCUUUUCACAGACUGUUCCUGUAGUGUAAAUAACUAAAAUCAUCAUUAUACUGUUGUCACUCGCACUUUACAGAUGUAUAAUCUGACAUGGCUGCCAUGCUGGAGCUCUCAGAGAGGGGAGUGUCUGGGUGUCUGCUGCUCUCAGGCGCUCAGCUCCUGCUCAGGGUUGAAGGUGGUUUUCUCCGGGUUUUGCAUUGGGUUGAGAGGUUUUUCUUGUAAAAAAUAAAGUCAAGCAAAUGUAACUGAACUUUCAGGUUGAUGCUUGCUGUCUAUAAUGCUAAGAGAAGAGCUGGACUGUAAUCCCUGUGCUGGGCUCCUGUCUCAGUGUCCUACAGGCCUGCCACACUGACUUUCACUGCAGCCAGGGCUCUCAGACACUCGUUUUAUCUGAUUCGAUUUGAUUAGAUUCACAUUGAUUUGACUAAUCGGGCAAUUGCAAUGGCCUCAUGCAAGCGGCUGUCAGGAUGAAAAUAAUUUCUACAAAGAGGAAAGGGCAGGAUGUUGUCUGCGAUAUUCUGCAGGUGCUGGAGAUCCACAGAGGUCAGAGUGACUUGAUGGAAUCAAAAAUCCAGGAGUCUCAGACCUCUGCCUUUCAGGACCCUUCCGAUCUUAAUGAAUUGGACUUAUUAUUUGGGAAUAAGUGUCACUUAUGUUUGUAGAAUCUUAAUUGGCAAUUAAAUGGAAAGUACCUGUCAGACCCGCAGGACUCUCCACACUGGAGGCCUGGGGCUGGGUGAAUCAUUCUGUGGCCCCUUCGCCUGCACCCCAUCUCAGGCGCUGAAGUCCCUGCAGCUGGACUGAACCUGCAGCCGGACUCGGUGUGUUCCUCUGAGCUGGGCUGCGGUGGGUCCCUGAGUUCUGGACAGACCCAAACCCUGUGUCCUGCAGUGCACUGGCAGGAACUGGAUCUCUGCAUGCAUGUCUCAUCUGCUUCCAGCGCGCUCUUGUGUCAAUGUAUGUACAGAACGGAGAUGUUUAUAAACCUUAUAUUAAUGAUAAUGAUAAUAAAGAUGGCUAUUUCCAUACGAA